CGGUCUCAUAACCAGUGAAUCAAAGAUGAGAUGGCGCGUCGCGGGUGGCGUGGGCGCGCCGCUCGCCGCCGCCGUCUUCUUCAUGCUGCCUCUCAUCACAUCCUCCACUGGGGAUAUCAGACACCAUGGCACGUCGCGUUCACGAGGUUGGCGAGCGCAGCCGUCGUCAGAUGUAACAGCCAACAAUUCAGUGAGCAACGUCACUGCACAGCUAGGAGGCACCGCCUACCUACACUGUCUCGUCGGACACUUGAAUGAACGAGGGCAAGUAUCGUGGAUUAGGAAGCGCGACUGGCACAUUCUCAGUUCAGGAAAAUUUACAUACACGAACGACGAACGGUUCCAGGUCCUACACGGGGAAGGCUCCGAGGAUUGGACUUUGCAGAUCAAGUUUGUUCAGAAAAGAGAUAACGGCACGUACGAGUGUCAGGUAUCGACCCGUACUGGUAUAGUGUCACACUACGUGCGGCUACAAAUCGUGGUGCCCGAGGCCUUUAUCCUGGGCUCAGGGGAGCACCACGUAGACCUCGGCAGCGUUAUACAUCUCAUCUGCAUUGUGGAGAAAAGCCCAACACCACCGCAGUACGUCUUCUGGUACCACAAUGACCGUAUGAUAAACUAUGACGCGACACGCGGCGGCAUCACAGUGGAAACGGAGCCUGGUGCCCGCACGCAGUCCCGGCUCACGGUACGCGGCGCCACGCUCAAAGACUCCGGCAACUAUACGUGCAGCGCAAGCAACACCGAACCCGCAUCCAUACAUGUGUUCGUCUCUGAAGGCAGCAACAAGAUGGCGGCGAUCUUACGUCGCAACACAAGCGCGAUACACGGCAUCACGUCCAGCGUCACCUGCCUGCUCCUGCUCUCCUCCGUGAUGGUGCACUUCGGCCUACGAUGACGGUGAUAUUAAGAUCUCGAUAGUUAAGAAUAUUGGUACUGUAUACAAGUUUAUCGUUUUAUUAACAUGUCUUACGUGAUGAUUACAGUUUCGAAAUGCUGUUUAAUGUCAAACAAAUGCUACUUGGUUUUUGAUGUGUCCACUUAUUCAUCACCUAACGAUUAAGUUAUGUUUACACACUAACGAAUAGUUAAACGUAGGUGGGAAACCGGACAUUAAUCAGGUCUAGUGCAUAAAGCCCGUGCGAUAGUUUCGAUUCCGUUGUAAUAUUUUUAAGUUUGUAAUAUAGUUAACUACCAAACCACUGACAGAUAUAUUAUAAUAGAAAAUUACCAAUAUUAAAUUAAGACGGGUUUUAUGUACGAGUAGAUAAAACGUAUCUGCAAAGAAAUUAAAGAUAUAAUUAGAUUUGAAGCCGAUAUACGUAUAACCGUACAAAUUUAUAAAAGUCAUGUUAGGAUUUAAUAAGCUUGGUUAUACAGUACCGAAUAAAAUAAUUACAUACCAUUUCAUUCUACUCAAGUUAUAAGCUUCGUAAGUUGGUUCGUAAUUAAAAUAUGAUAGAUUAAAAUAAAAUUGAGGUGUCUAUUCUCUGUAUUCUAAACUAUUACAAUUGGUUUGAAGACUUUUUUCGAUGCACCAAAACUGUGAAACAGGGAUGUGCUAUAUGGUAUUAGUUAAUUUGUUUUUAUUUUGGUAAUUUAAUAAUGUAACAGUUGGUAUACACUACCUAAAAUCUUCCUACAAAAAACGACUAAUAUUUUUAUUUUCAAAGAGUAAGAGAAGGAAGCACAAUAAAUUUAAAAAAAAAACUCAAAAUGUCAAAGAUUAAAUAUCAGCUGUCAGAAGUUCAGGGAUCCAAGAAUUCUAGAGAGGAAUUUGUAAAUAAUUUCACUUUUUCUUUCAUCUACUAACUCCAUUGUCUUCAUUGUUAUUAAGUAUAGACUGGCGAAUUUAUUUGACCCGGUUGGCAUAAGUCUCGGCUAAUAAAUAUCAGCUCAUCAAUGUUUGUGGCAAUAUCGUAUUGUUUUGCAGUUGUUCAUAUUUUCUAUAAGAACUGACAGCAUUCUCUCACCGGGUCAGAUAAAAGAUCGCACUGUAAGAUUAUAUACAUGUGUACUGUAUAGUUAAUAUUUAAAAUAUACGUAUUAAUAUCGAUGUAGUAGGUUAAAUUAAAAGUUGAAUUCAAUAAAAACAUUAUUGAUGUAUAGUAAACAAAUAAAAACAUCUUGCUGUCCUUUUGUCUAAGAUUUUAGAUAAAAAUAUUAUAAGAGUAAUAGUAAAUAAAAAAGUCAUAUGUCAAAGACUAAGUUAUGACAGAUGCGGCAAUAUUUUAAAUUGUUACAAACAUUAUUGGACAUGUGAAAAUUAGGAACGGGCGAACACUGU